AUGGACACUCGCCGCCGCCGCUCCUCCGUUGGCAGCGGCGCCCAGACCGCCGACCAGGCGCUCGCGUCGCUGGGCUACAAGUCCGAGCUGCCUCGCCAUCUGUCCAUGAUGUCCAUCCUGGGCCUGUCGUUCGCCAUCAUGGCCGUUCCCUUCGGCCUCAGCACCACGCUGUACAUCACCCUCACCAACGGCCAGUCCGUCACCGUCCUCUGGGGCUGGAUCCUCGUGUCGCUCAUCUCCGUGUGCAUCGCCGCCUCGCUCGCCGAAAUCUGCGCCGUCUUCCCCACUGCGGGCGGCGUCUACUACUGGUCUGCCAUGCUGAGCUCCCGCGAGUGGGCGCCGCUGGUCAGCUUCGUGGAUGGAUGGCUCACUCUUGUGGGCAACUGGACCGUGACGCUGAGCAUCAACUUUUCUGGCGCGCAGCUGAUUUUGAGCGCCAUCAGCAUCUUCAACGAAGACUUUGUGGCGAAUACGUGGCAGACGGUGCUGUGUUUUUGGGCCGUGAUGCUGGUGUGCGCCCUCGUUAAUGCGUUUGGAUCGCGGUAUUUGGACCUCAUCAACAAGGUCUGCAUCUACUGGACCGCUGCCAGCGUCAUCAUCAUCAUGGUCACUCUGCUUACCAUGGCCGACCACCGCCACUCGGGCGAAUAUGUCUUUGCUCACUAUGAUGCCUCGGCCAGCGGAUGGCCUACAGGCUGGUCCUUUUUUGUUGGAUUGCUCCAAGCUGCUUACACUCUCACCGGCUACGGCAUGGUUGCGGCCAUGUGCGAAGAAGUGCAAAACCCCGAACGCGAAGUCCCCAAAGCCAUUGUCCUCUCCGUCGUGGCCGCCGGCUUUACUGGCGUCAUCUACCUCAUCCCUCUCCUCUUCGUCCUCCCCGACGUCCAAACCCUGCUCAGUGUUGCCAAUUCUCAGCCAAUUGGUCUCCUCUUCAAGACCGUCACCGGAUCCGCGGCCGGCGGCUUCGGCCUCCUAUUUCUCAUCCUUGGAAUCUUGAUGUUUGCCGGCAUCGGCGCCCUCACGGCUGCUUCACGAUGCACAUAUGCUUUUGCUCGAGACGGUGCCAUUCCCGGAUAUAAACUUUGGCGCAAGGUGAAUAAGUCACUGGACGUGCCCAUCUGGGCUCUUGUCCUGUCUACCGCAGUUGACUGUGUCCUUGGGUGCAUCUACUUCGGCUCAUCCGCCGCCUUCAACUCCUUCACUGGUGUCGCCACAAUCUGUCUCUCUACAUCAUACGGGGUCCCAGUCCUGGUCAAUCUUGUCCAGCGCCGCAGGGCCGUACAACACUCCCCUUAUCCUCUCGGCAAAGUCAUGGGCCCCAUCAUCAACGUCAUCUGCAUCAUCUGGAUAGUCUUCUUCGUCGUAAUUUUCUGCAUGCCUGUGUCGCUACCGGUAGACCCCACGACGAUGAACUACGCUUCGGUGGUGUUUGCUGGGUUUGGAGCCAUUGCUUUUAUCUGGUACUUUGCGUAUGCGCGCAAGAACUUCACUGGCCCCCCAGUCAGAAGCGGUGGAGAGGAUGAUGUUAUUACUACGGUGGGAGUUGCAGUGGGUGAGCCCGGGAGAGGCUCAGAGUCACCGCAAACAAAUAUGGAAAAGGAUAUGAAAUAA